CACAGCACUACGAGAACUGUCAAUGUCAAACUACAAAAUGACAGACAGGAAAAUGAAAAUGUUUACGCUCGCAUUUUUACCUACUAAAAUCUAACUAUUUCCACAAAUAUUAUUACAGAACUCGUUACUUGAAUUACAAUGGCCAGCAGAUUACUAUUCGAAGAAGAUAUUUCAGAAAACAAUGUCAAAAAUAUUGAAAUACAGCAAGAAGCUACAAAUGAAAGUAACAAUACUGAAGCUACCAAGAUGAUAAAUGAGAAAAUGGCUGAUAAAAAAACACCAAAUAACCACGAUGUUGAUCAUAAUACAGUAGAUGUAUCAAAUGUUAUCCAAGAAAAUUCAACCAACAAUACAACAGCUGACAUAGUUGAAGAGUAUAAUGGGGAUAAAAUUUCUGAAUUACCGGCAGAACAGAAUGGUAUAACCUCAGGCUCGGAAGGUGUUAAACAAAAGCCUAAGAAGAAACCCUCAGAGUUGGAACUGCUUGGUGUGGACACAAAGACUAUUGCAGAGUGGGAUGCUCAGUUUGAUGUGUUUGGAGCUGAUAGUCAAAUUUAUAGGAAGUAUAAGUUGAGGAAAGUGGAUCAACAAAUAUCAUACAAGGAGCCUGCCAACUUCCCACUGGAGCGCUGCAGCAGCCCAGAUGAACCAGCAUCUUCAAAUGACCCUUCAUCUCUUACGUGCCCCACCUGCGAGCUGACCUUCGACUCCAAACGGGCUCUCCACCUCCAUGUGCGUCACCAUAGCAGCACCAUCAGAGAGUUCAAAUGCUCAAUAUGUUCAGAAAACUUCAAAAAGAAUGCAGACUUAGUAGCCCAUAAAGUAGUACAUAGCUCGGAAUCAUUUGUCUGUGAACGCUGUAAGCUGGCCUUCUCCAAUCACUGUGAUUAUCUUCUACAUAAUGUUAUACAUGCUGGCACUAAGGAUAUUCAAUGUCCUGAGUGCGGACUGCAAUAUGGCAGAAAAAAUUACAGCAUUCAUAUUAAGAUACAUUUUAGUAAAAAACCCAGCUGUAAUUCUGAAGAGAAGUUAGUAAAUAAAACGCCAUCUAGUAAAUUUGAGUGCAUAGAAUGCGGUUUAACGUUGAAACACAAAAAAGGAUUAGAGUAUCACAUGAUUAUGCACACUGGGGUUAAAAUACACCAGUGUUUAUAUUGUGGGAGGUGUUUUUCUACACUUAGCGCGAGGAAUGUUCAUAUGAGAGUGCAUACAGGAGAGAAACCUUUUUCGUGUGAUAUCUGUGGACACAAAGCUCGUCAACAGACUGACAUUAAACGUCAUAAAAUGACACAUGCGACUGAGAAAAAGGUCUCAUGUGAAGUGUGUUCGAAAAAGUUUUUGCAUAAAGAGUCUUUAGUUAGUCAUAUGCGUUCUCAUACUAAGAAGGAUUUGUAUGAGUGUCCGGUAUGUGAGCACAAGGUGACGACCUCAGGAGGUCUGAGGGUGCAUAUGAUGAUGAAACAUACGAAGGAGCGACCCGUAGAGUGCACUUUUUGUAACAAAAAGUUUAUUAAUAACAACCAGUAUAGGAAACACACGAGGAGUAAGAAACAUAAGAGGCAUGCGUACGGACAUAUGAAACAGUUGAAAACUGAUUGAUUUUAAUUGAUAUUUUUGAUUUUUAUCAGUUAUAUAUUGUCUCCCAUUUAUUUAUUUUUUCUUUUAAAAGAAUACUUUUUAAUUUAAUGUAAUUAUUAAUGUUUAAAAAAGUAGCGAUAUGUAUAAUAUAUGUCAUUUAGCGAAAUGUACUUAUAGUUAAUUGAACCAAAUAAGAAUCGGAUUUAUAUUAAGUACAUUUGCGAAUAAUGAUUGCAUUUGUUUUUGAUCAAUAAAAACUAUUUGGUUUUAA